AUGUUAAACUCUACACAGGUUUCAAAUGUCACGCUUGCUGCCUACUUUGACACUGGACUGUUUAAAUACUUAUGUUUCAUGAUUGUUAUGUUGUUAUAUGUUUUCAUUGUUUGCACCAGUUCUUUUCUCAUUGUGGUUAUCUGCAUGAACAGAAGCUUACAUGAACCUAUGUACAUUUUCCUGUGCAGCCUGUUUGUAAAUGAACUGUAUGGUAGUACAGGGUUGUUUCCAUUCCUGCUGGUUCAGAUCCUCUCUGACGUUCACACUGUUUCUACUUCAUAUUGUUUCUUGCAGAUUUUCUGUUUGUGUUCUUAUAGUUGUGUGGAAAUUUUCAAUUUAACUGUCAUGUCUUAUGACAGAUAUCUUGCUAUCUGUUGCCCUUUACAAUAUAACACACACAUGACAUCCAACAAGAUUACAAUACUUAUCUGUACAGUAUGGUUAUAUUCUUCUGGUAUAUGUUUUCUGACAAUAUCAAUGAGUGUCCCUCUGAAACUCUGUGGGAACAUCAUUAACAAAGUGUACUGUCACAACUACUCCAUCGUUAAACUGGCCUGCUCUGACACUAAAGCCAACAACGUCUAUGGACUCACUUCCACUUUCAUUUUUGUCUUCUGUCCCGCGUCUCUGAUCUUUUACAGUUACAUGAGGAUCCUUAAAGUUUGUUUUUCUGGUUCCAAACAGACCAGACAAAAAGCUGUCAGUACCUGCACACCUCACCUGGCUUCUCUGAUCAACUUUUUUUGUGGUUGUUUCUUUGAAAUACUGCAGAACAGGUUUGAUAUGAAACAUGUGCCCAACAUGUUGCGCAUUUUUUUGUCAUUAUACUGGCUUACAUGUCAACCUCUCCUCAACCCUUUACUGUAUGGCCUGAAUCUGUCAAGUAUCCGUAACAUAUGUAAACAUAUAAUUUUUGCUUGAACACGGACCACAAAAGAUGCUAAUGAUUUCAGAUGUUUACCUAUUUGACAGGUACUGGU